UUGGGGUAUUAUGCGACUGGCCUCAUCUGCUCCUGGUUCGUGAACGACUUGGUUAUCGAGCGCAGCAACCCUGGCGCCCGGCACGUCAUCCAGGCAAUAGCGUCAUCCUCGAUUGCGAAAGGUAAAGCAUUUGCUGAGAAGCACUUACCGCAACAGAAUCCUACAAUCUACGGCAGCUACCAGGACUGCUAUGAAGAUGCAAAUGUCGACAUUAUCUACAUAGGCACUCCACACAGUCUCCACAAGCAGAAUUGCCUGGAUGCUAUUGCUGCCGGAAAGCAUGUCUUGUGCGAAAAGGCUUUCACCAUUACAGCCAAGGAGGCCCGUGAGGUUUUUGAUGCAGCUCACAAGAAGGGCGUCUAUGUCAUGGAAGCCACGUGGACACGCCAUUUUCCACUUGUAAAGACUCUCCGCUAUAUGAUUCACGAGGAAAAUAUUAUCGGCCAGGUGCGGCGAGUCUUUUGCGACUACGCGAAGUUCAGGAAUAUUCCUGCUGCUAGCCCGGACUCACGGAUGAGGGACCUGAAACUUGGCGCCGGUAGCCUUCUCGAUGUCGGCGUAUACUGUCUAACCUGGGUCCGUAUGGGUCUAGAUGUUGGCACGGGAGAUGUAGCGCAGGACCCCAAGGUUGUUGCUAUCCAAACACUAUCCGAAGGGGUGGACAUGGCGACAUCUGCCAUCUUUCUCUACCCCAACGGACAGCAGGGUAUCAUGACAACAUCUAUGGAAGUGCAAGGCUGCGCAGACUUUUGCAGGAUAGAAGGCUCCGAUGGAUUUAUUACGGUUAACGGUAUUGGUCCUUCUGUGCCUUCCUCAUUUACUGCCUACAGUAGCAAAAUAUCAGGGGAAGGGUGGACAGAAACCCAAACCCCGGGACUCAAGUCCAAGAAAUUCAUCUUUGAACAUCCCGGUCUCGGCUUCCACUGGGAAGCUGAUGCCGUAGCAGCCGAUGUGCUGGCAGGGAAAAAGGAAAACGAUAUUAUGCCCUGGGCUGAAACAGUAAAGGUCCUAGAGAUUCUUGAUGAGAUAAGGCGACAGGGGGGUGCUAGAUUCCCCCAAGAUGAUGAGUAA